AUCGUCUCUGACACAGCCUUCCCAUUUGAACGUCUCGAGAAGAACGACUCCAUGCUUCUGAUCCUGGACCUGCAGGACGGUCUAUACAGUCUCGCGCGGGACUUCGAUCCAACGCUCUACUACAAUGCCAUCAUAGCCCAUUCGGCAAUCGGCAAGCUUUUUGACAUUCCCGUCGUGAUGACCACGUCGGCUCAAUCCGGACCCAAUGGACCUCUGCCAAAGGAGAUUCUGGACAUGUACCCUGAUGCUCCUUUAAUUCAGCGACAAGGCGAAGUCGAUGCCUGGGACAAUGCUGAGUUCCGAGCUGCCAUUCGGGCUACCGGCAAGAACCAAAUCAUCAUGGCCGGCAUUGUGACGGAUGUCUGCACCACCUUCCUCGCUCUGUCCCUUCGUGCCGAAGGCUACAGCGUCUGGGCCAAUGUCGAAGCUUCCGGCACCACGACUGAGUUCAUCCGAGACGUAUCAAACGAUCGCAUGGCCAGGGCCGGCGUGCAGAUGGUAUCGCUUUUCAGUGUAGUCUGCGAUUUGAUGCGAGACUGGCGGAACACGCCAGGCGCCGCUGUCAUCAUCCCUUGGCUGGCGAAGUACUAUCCUGCAUAUGGCAUAUUGGCCCAGGCUCAUGGUGGUGCGAUUCUGAACGGGACAAUCAUAGAAGGGGAGGCGGUACUGCUGCCUGAAUUCUGA